CACCCAACAGCGCACGCACGCUUGGCGUCCGCGCCCACACUCCAAUAAUUAACAGAGGGGAAACAAAGAAACUGAAACCGUUGUCGCGGCAUCCUAAGCUGAGCAGUCAAUCCGUCCUCCCCUUCCCCCUCCAAUUCCGCAGGAUCGAGCGGCCAUUGCGGGUGCCAAUCAUCAUUUCGUCGGUGAGAGUGAGUGAGUGAGUGAAGUUGGAGGGAAGGAGGUGAGGAGGAAUGGGAGGACUCAGAUCGAGGAUCCUCAGGACCUUGCAGUCCUUCCCCAACGCCGCCACGCAGUCCAAUAUCCUCCUCGCGCUCCCUCCCGCUGCCGGGUCCUCUCCGGCGCCGGCGGCGUCGUGCGCCCACCUCCAAGAACCGGCGCCGCAGGAGAAGGUGCCGGCUGAUGAAGCAGGGGCGGCUGCGCACGAGGUGCCCGGCGGCGGUGCCGAUGACGACGGCGACAAGGAGAACGUCUCGCCGGGGGUCACCCCGCGCAAGGCCAAAAAGAUGAAGCUCAGCUCGGACCACCGCGACGUGAGCGCGGCGGGUCCUGGGGAGCCCGCCGGCGCCGGCUGCUACCGCCGGCCGGACCUGGCCUCGGUGACGCUCUUCGACCCGGACCUGCUCGCGGCGUUCCGCCGCGCCGUCGACGCCUACGUGCAGGCCCUCGAGGUGGCCAAUCGCCGCGAUGACAUCGACGAUGGCGACGACGGCGACGGCGUGCCGGGCGGCGGCGAAGGAGGAGGGGGAGAGGCAGCUGGCGUCGCGGACCCCCUGGAGGCGUUCGAGCGGCGGUGCCCGCCGGGCGGCGAGCGCGCGGUGGUGCUCUACACCACGUCGCUCCGCGGCGUGCGCAAGACGUUCGAGGACUGCGCCCGCGUGCGCCGCCUGCUCGAGGGCCUCCGCGUCGCCUUCCGGGAGCGCGACGUCUCCAUGCACGCGCCCUACCGGGAGGAGCUCCGGGCGCUGGUGUGCGACCAUGACGGCCCCUGCGCCAGCGGCCUAGCCGCCGCCUUCCCCGUGCCUCCGCGGCUGUUCGUGGACGGGCGGUACCUCGGCUGCGCCGACGAGGUGGUGGCGCUGCACGAGCGCUCUCAGCUCCGGCCUGUGCUCCGGCGCGCGCCGCGGCGCGGCGCGGGGGACGGCCCGUGCGCUUUCUGCGGCGGCGCCUGGUUCGUGGUGUGCGGCGGGUGCAGCGGCAGUCAUUGGCUCCAUGACGCCACCGUCACUACCGCCGCCAGCCGGGUGCCGUGCUCCGCGUGCAAUGAGAACGGCCUCGUGCCCUGCCCUCUCUGCAGCUAGCCCCAAAGCGGGAUGGUAUGUGCAGCGACCUGAUUUGGAAGGCAUUCUUUUGAUUAUUUUGUCAUGUGUGUACUAUAUAAUCCAAUUCAAAUCAUGUGUAAUUCUAGCUCCCUUUACCAAAUUAAGCGACAAAAUUAGUGGAUCCCAAUUCCGGUGGUUGCUCUUGCUACCGGAGUUUUGAAGGGGUAAAUUUUGCAGAGCAAGCUGUGCAUUGUCCUCUGUCCAUCCACCAAAUUGAACAGUCCAUCUAUUUAGUCCGAGUUGGCAACUGAUACUGUCGAAACAUGAGGUUCGUUGCUGCCCUGAA